AUGGGUAAUAAUCCCUCUACUACAGACUCUGAAAAUACUGCCGCGGAUCUUCAAGAAAAGAAAGCUGGCUUUCAUAAUAAACACUUAACCCGUAUACAGAAACAAGAAUCUCCUAAAGAACGUAAGGGAAGUAUAACAUCGCACCUUUUCUCAAGUAAAGGAAGUUCGAAAAGACACGCUCUAAUGCCCAAACCGAUAGAAGCUCAAGGAAACAUAAAGUCCCAUAAUGUCUUUAAGAAAGACUACUCCAUGGAUGAACCUUUGACUAAUAAAGGCGGUAUCAAAAAUAAUGACUUCAAUGAUGAAAACAUACAUGAAACAAUGGCAUCAUUGUCAUUGGUAACAUCUUCUGACAAUGAGAGGAAAAAAUCAAUGUCGUUCGCAAGACCUGGGCCUUCAACACCAACUGUACAACCAACAAAACAUGAUAUAACUUCUUUAGAAGGAAGUACGGAUGUUAAUACUGGCAUUGAUAAUAUGAACGUCGCUGGAGAUUUAAACAGUCAUCGUCCGAGUAUUGUGGCCUUGAAAAAUACCUUAGCAGAAUCAAGUAUACAUCCUCCUUCUGACCUGUCCAAGACUGUAUCGACAUCAUCAAACUGUCAAUCAUUUUCGACAGAGUCGUCAUCUUCUGCCCUACAUAAAACAGAAUCAAUCGAUAUCCCCAGAAGGCACAGCCAAGGCUUUAACGAAAAUUACAAUGAAACAAUGUUGAAACAUCCUACUGUCCAUUCUUACCAAUACCAAUAUUUCAAUAACGAAAAUACUAACAAUGACGGUGGUCUUCAUAAACAUAAGGAAAAUUUUAAUGAUAUGCAAUUAUCCACCUCCAAUGAUGAUGAGGAAUCCGGUGUAUUGCAAAGCGCUGAUAUUGUUGUUAACCAAUCCACUUUGCAAAAUGCCUUAAAGAGAGAUAUGAAACGAAAAAGAACGGAUACCAUAUCAACAAACAAAUCAGGGGCACCAACAUCUGAUGCACUGAAGGCGAAGGAUGAACCUGAAGCAAAAACUAAAACAGAAAAACCAGCAAUGUCGGCGACGGCCGCCAUGAUGCUGAAAUUGUAUGGGGACACUACUUUAAAAGAAAAAGAGACUUUUAAAAAUAACACAAUUUCAGGAACCAUUAGGUACGAUGAUUUCUAUAAAAGGUCUGAAAGUAGUGUUAACUUACCAGAAAAUAAGAAACUAAAAUCCUUUGAUAAUAAUACAAAGAAUGGAAACGGUUAUGUAUCAGUAUCUGGUAACCCUAACAGUGGUCUUAGUAAUACAUAUAAUAGCAAUUCUAAUCUUUCUUUCAGUUCUUCGCCAAGAGAUAUCAAAAUUCAACAUAUAGACGAUGUAAAAACACAUCUUCCCUCCUCAUUCUCCUCCUCUACCUCCUCGACGUCUUCUUCAUUGGGGUCAUCCGCUGGCCUUAUCAAUGAUAAUGUUCACGUUGUAUUGAAAUGGAGAGAUCAAAUAGAUAAUCCGAAAAAAUGUAAAAUUGCUAUUAUUAGUGACGAUAUCGUCAACGCUCUUGAGUCCUCAUCCUCUAAGAGAAAAAGUAAUACAAAUAAUAACGAUAAUAAUACUUUACCUAUGGUAUUCAAUCCAAUGAUAAAGGAGUGGUAUAUGCCUAAUCUGACCUUACCACCGGGUAUCUAUAGAUUGAAAUUCUCUAUCAAUAAUGAUAUAACACAUUCUAACUUUCUACCGACUGCAACAGAUUCCAUGGGAAACAUUGUUAAUUGGUUUGAAGUCUUACCAGGCUAUGACGCAGUUGAACCAUACAGAGACGAAAUCAUUGAAACAACAUUCCAUACUGCACCUAGUCAAGGCACAUUAUCUGUACAUGACCUCACCAUGAUUAGGUCGAGGAGGUCGUCAUCGUUUGUUAGUGCUAAAAGUGAUCUAUCUUCCUUCACUCCUUAUUCUGAUUAUGCUGGGAUUAGCAGGUCUAGUUCAUCUGUUGGAACGGCUACUAAGAAGGCAUCGUUGGUUUCACUACGAGGUACGAACAAAUUGGAUUUGUUUACACCAAUUGAACCGAAAAAGAUAGCUUAUUCUAAGGAGAUUCCAGAAUUGUUCAAAAUUGCUAAUUCAGAAGAUACAAACAAAAUGGAGAUUGAUGAUGACGGUAGCAGUCCGUUUGAAAGACCAAGCUUUACCCAUAAAGUUAUUGACUGUAACCAAGAUAAAUUGUUUGCAGAUUUGCAAAGAGAUGGUAACAUUGAUGCAGAGACUGCCGAGGCUUUAUUCCUAAAUAGAUACCCAAUUCCUGAUCUGCCGAUUUAUCUAAACUCAACUUAUCUUAACAAGAUUUUUACCCAAUUCCAAAAACAACAUAAUGACCCUACUUUACCAGCAUCUUCAUCCAUUGGUUUAACACAUAUCAUCCCGCAUGUCAACUUGAACCAUUUGUUGACGAGUAGUAUUAGAGACGAAAUUAUUAGUGUUGCCUGUACAACCAGGUACCAAGGGAAAUUCAUUACGCAAGUUAUGUAUGCACCGUGUAAUUAUUCUUCACAGGAAAAUAAGGCGAUUUCGUAG